UGUUUUUAAUCUUUGAUUGUGUUUAUAUAUAAUUGAUUUUAACUUUAAAUAGACAGUUAUGCUAUUUCAUUUGGUUUUUUGUUUAAAACCUUAUUAUUUACAUAUGAUUACUUAUUUAUUGUUAGUUUUGGAUAUUUCGAUUGGAUGUAGAAAUUUCUAAUAUAUUUUUUGGCAUAAUGCGACUCACCUGGUAUAUAUAUAAUUUGAGAAAGAUUCAUCUCAUGGAAUCUCAAACCAAUCUCCCCUCCAUAAAACUCUCUUUUUGGAACAAACACAACACAAGGCAAAAGCCAUGAUCACCUCCUCAGGUAUUUGCUCUUUCUAGUCCCUACCAAACUCGAAUGGCGACUGCCGUCCCACCGCCGCCGCUAACUCGUCUCAACACCUUUGUUGCCAGAUCCCGAAUCGGAAAACGCUUCAAACUCGACGAACGUAACACCACCUUCACCACAGAGCUCCGCGCAGGCACCGCCACCUUUCUCACCAUGGCCUAUAUCCUCGCUGUUAACGCCUCCAUCCUCUCAGACUCCGGCGCAACUUGUUCGGUUUCCGACUGCAUCCCUCUCUGUUCCGACCCUUCUUUCACCUCCAAUUGCACCGGUCCCAAUCUCCGUCUCAUCCAACCCGAUAUCUCCUGCAAGUUUCCGCCUGUAAACCCCGGUUACACCGCCUGUCUAGAAAGAGUCCGGAAAGACCUCAUUGUUGCUACCGUCGCAUCGUCUCUCAUUGGCUGCGUGAUCAUGGGAACUUUCGCUAAUUUACCCUUGGCCUUAGCUCCGGGAAUGGGUACUAACGCCUACUUUGCUUACACCGUCGUCGGAUUUCACGGCUCCGGUAACAUUUCUUAUGAAAGCGCACUCGCCGCCGUUUUCAUCGAAGGAAUGAUUUUUCUAUUAAUCUCUGCCGUGGGUUUACGAGCUAAACUCGCCAAGCUAGUUCCAAAACCAGUCCGGAUCUCCUCCUCCGCGGGCAUCGGAUUGUUUUUAGCGUUUAUCGGUCUGCAGAACAACGAAGGCAUCGGCUUAAUCGGGUACAGUGCUUCCACGCUCGUUACGUUAGGCGCGUGUCCAAACUCUUCACGCGCGUCACUAGCUCCGGUUAUCACUUUCCCAAACGGCACUAUUUCUCUGCUCCCCGGCGGCUCAGUCUCCGGCAAUAUCAUGUGUGUCAAUAAUCGAAUGGAGAGCCCAACGUUGUGGCUUGGUGUGGUCGGCUUCGUAAUUAUAGCUUAUUGUUUGGUUAAAAACAUAAAAGGAGCAAUGAUUUACGGCAUCGUAUUUGUGACGGCGGUUUCAUGGUUCCGUAAUACGCAAGUAACUGUCUUUCCAGAUACUCCGACCGGUGACUCUUCAUUUCAGUACUUCAAAAAGAUAGUCGACGUUCAUAAAAUCCAAUCAACCGCCGGCGCAUUAAGCUUUUCAAGCAUCAACAAAGGCUAUUUCUGGGAAGCAUUAGUGACCUUCCUUUAUGUCGACAUCCUGGACACCACCGGAACCCUAUAUUCCAUGGCACGUUUCGCCGGAUUCAGCAACGAAGACGGGGAUUUCGAAGGACAGUACUUCGCUUUCAUGUCCGACGCGUCGGCAAUAGUGGUGGGAUCGUUACUUGGUACAUCACCUGUAACGGCGUACAUCGAGUCGUCAACAGGGAUAAGGGAAGGGGGGAGGACCGGAAUAACGGCGUUGACGGUGGCAGGGUAUUUCAUGCUGGCAUUCUUCUUUACGCCGUUGCUGGCAUCGAUUCCGGCAUGGGCGGUGGGUCCGCCGUUGAUUCUGGUGGGUGUGUUGAUGAUGAAAUCAGUGGUGGAGAUUGAUUGGGACGAUAUGCGGCAGGCGAUACCUGCGUUCAUGACGUUGAUAUUGAUGCCAUUGACGUACUCCAUCGCGUAUGGUUUGAUCGGCGGGAUAGGAACGUACAUGGUACUGAAUUUGUGGGAUUGUGGUGAGGGGUUAUUGAGUAAAUAUGGAAUUCUUAAGGGGGUAAGGAGUAAUGAAUUUAUUAUUAAUGGUAGUUUAGGGGAAAAUGGUGUAAUUAAGGAAAAUAGUGUGGUGGAAAGUAGGAAGGCACUUGAGGUUUAGGUUGAAUUUUCCACUUUUUUUUUUUUUUUUUUCCCUUUUUUAAUAUGUAACAUGGAUUAUUUAAUAUUUAUUACUACUAUUAUUAUAUUAUUUUAUAAAAGUGAAAAUCAUGUGGAUUUUAAA